CCCGUCCCUAUAAGCGCGUGGCAUUACUCCGUCUCGAAGAUGGAUGGAUGGCUGAUAUAAAUGAUAUUGUUCAGCUUCAACCUGCUGCCACCCCCUAUUCAUCAGCCCGGCUACCAUGCCUGUAUACAGUAUCUUUCAAUACCAGCCCGGUGCUUUGUGUGUGUGUGUGUGUGUGUGUUUGGACUUCCCCCCAUCCCGACUACCUGUGCUGUCGCCCCUGUCUGUCGAAUAUAAGAUUGGCAUGUCCGGGACGCCCAGAUGUCGAGUCACUCCGACAGGUCACAUGCUUGGCUCCCUGCCUCUGGGUGCAUGCAGGGUGUUUGGCGAUGUUGUCCCAGGGAGGAUUACUGUAGACGCGGGUAUGCAUGGCGGUUUAUUGUACGCUGUACGCCGCGGGUGAGUGACACAGGGAGCCCAAGCCGACAAUCAAAGGGAUUGUGCGAUCGAGAGUCGGAAGCUAAACGAAAGCUGGGCAUGUUGCUGGCGAUCUUCUGGACGCUUUUUGUCGACCUGACCUGCCGUACUAUGAGUACUGCUUCGGACUCUGUACACGCCACACGGUACUUUGUCGCGACUAAGCGGCUUCGUGCUGCGUGUCUCGUGAGUUGUGACUGCUCCCUCCCCCUCCGGCAGGGUAAACCCUCCACAAUUGUGGCUUUCAGGAUGUCAGACCCCAUAGCUUCAGAAUCACUAUCACUGUUGGCGCCCGGUAGUCGGGAUAGCAUCUUACGCCUCAACCUAACCACUAGUGCGUCGUCAGAACCGGUGAGCGCUGGUCGCUGGUCGCGACUCGCGUCGCGUAUCACCUGAGUUCCAGGGGAGUGGAAAUAAAACCAUUAGACUCCCCCACUAGAUACAGACGGGGCUCCAUCGGAAGAACCCUGGGUCUGAGCGGAAGCAAACCACGGACCAUCCGGACUCUCUCACAACCUUACCUGUGCGGUACCGGGUGGACAAGCAAGCUUGGCCCCCUCCGGAGAAU